AUGCAGAACUCCUCAGCCAGCGGCGCCAAUAAUCAAGAGCAGCAUUUGCGCGCACAGCUCGAGCUCCUGAAGAGCCACGACGCGACAGGCUCAUCCUCACCCACUCCCCCCGGACCUCGUGAAUCUCGACCUUUACAGCCCGCUCCUGCGCGGCCGGCGAAUGGCUUCGAUCACUUGUCCAGUCCCCAAGACCAACAUCGAGUUCUAGCCACGAAAGGCGAAGUUGAAGCUCACAUUCAUCCUGAUCUUCGCGCGCGAGCCAACCACGCACCGACAGCAAGCAUGAUGCCCAUUGUUCCUCCGUCUGGACAUAGUCCAGGCGCAUCUGCUGGCCCGUCAAGCGCUGCACUUGCUCCAGCGCCCCCAGCGCCUUUGUCGGCAGACGAUCAUAUGGGAGACGGUCGUAAAGCAAAGCGGGAGCUAUCCCAAUCCAAGCGCGCAGCACAGAACCGAGCUGCACAAAGAGCAUUCCGACAACGAAAGGAAGGCUACAUAAAAAAGCUGGAGCAGCAGGUACGCGAUUUCACGGAGAUGGAACAGUCUUUCAAGGCAAUGCAGGCGGAACAUUACGCGCUUCGGGAGUAUGUCGUUCACUUGCAAACGCGGUUGUUAGAGACGUCAGGCGACUACCCCCCACCCCCACCGAACGUGAACCUUGCUCCUGCUCAGCCAGCAUCGGCUUCAGCUAUAGCAGCUCCUGCUCCUCAUGCCGAGCCUGCGCCCAGUAAUCCAGCUGCAGGAACACCUUUGGAGGCUGUUGCGCAAGCCGUGGCUGGUCUUGCGGCUCAGGAGCAAAUUGAGCGUCAAAGGUAUCCCUCGCCGCAUUUCAAGGCUGAGCCUUUCAAAGUUGAGCCCAUUGCUGAGGAUACAAGGACUGCUGAUGAGAUCAACAAGCAAUUGCAACACUCGGAAGAACCCCAAGCACAACAACCAGCGGUCUAG